AUGCAGGCAAUCUCAAAAUUCUUGAAUUUUCGGAGAGAAUCUCCUGAAUCUUCAAAUCAAGACCGUUUGACUAUUGAAGACACGUCGUUGAACCCUAUUGUUUUUAGGACUGUUGAGGAAGGCGACAUACAAAAGGAUGCAAUUGAAGAGUCCACGCUUUUAAGUGAAACAUCGGAUCGCGCGCCCAAAGACUUGCAUAGACACGCAGCUACAGUGAUAACCAUUGACAGAACUAUAAGAAACGGUAAUACGGAAAAAGUUGUAUUGAAUAUCCAGAACGUGCAAUUACCUAUUACAAUUCUUAUUGAAGAAGGUAAAUUGCAUUUUUAUCCUUUGAAAGAUGUCGCGUUCUUUAAGAGUACUUAUAAACGAUAUUUCAUUGUAGAUACGGAUAACAUGACAUCGACAAAUAACAUCUUCUAUAAUAAAGAAGCGAGAUACGAAGCAGAACGAGACAACUCUGUUGAGGAAUUGGAAGAUAUCUCAAAUCCAAUAGCAAGUAGAGGUUUUUACGGGCUGGAUGAAAUUAUGAUUCGCCGGCAACAGGUGACAAUCAAGACUUUCGUAGACAAGAUGGUACAAGUUGGUAAUGGGCAUAUAAGUUCACGCGACUUCGCCUGUCAAACGAGUUCGGACGCUUCCCCUGUCAUUACAAUCAGUGAUUAUGAUAAAGAAAUGUCAUUGGAUGAAUACCUAAGAAAUUCUGCAGAUGAAAGUUAUCACAGCGAAAAGUCAACGGAUGAUGAAUCUGACAAUUAUGAUCUCUGCAAUGAAAUCUGCACUGAAUCUUCUUCCAAUUCGAAUAGAAAAGAAAAUUCAAUUAUAAUUCCAACAGAAAAAAAAGGAAAAGAUAAAGAUUUGGCAUCUGAGAAUGUUUUUUUCGGAAGUGAUGCAAACGAAGGGAUGAAUCAGGAUCAUAUUGUUGGUUUAAUAACACCGGGUAAGGACGAAAUAUCUUUCGCUAAAACAGCUGUAACUUCAACUACGGAUAGAAUAGCAGAAAAUUUUUGGAAAAGAAUAGUUAAUGAGGAGAAGGAAAAUAAGGGCGGUGAAAAAAGGAUUACAUUGGGACACUCACAAGAAAUCAAUCAAAUUUUAAAUCAAUCUGUUCCGGAAAAUAUCGGUGAUGAAUCACUUCCAUCAGUCGGUUUAUUGUGCAGCUCUAAAGAAAAUCGGCAUGUUUCGUGUAUUUCUGAAGACCCAAAAAAGUUAUGCACGAUCACUCACGAGUCUGAAAAGCUAGACAAAAAUUCUGCAUUAUCUAGUAAUGCUUUAGUAGUAGAGAAAAUAAAUACAUCUUCCUGUGCAAUCGAUAAUUUGCAGGAGUCGACUCGGUUAAAGGAAAAGAAGAAAGUCACAAUAUCACCGGAUAUGACCGAUAGCGAAGAUUUAUAUUUCCAUUCGACGCAUAUUGUGAAUGAGAUGAAGAAUUUGACAAUUGACGCAGAGUCAGAGAAUGUUCCGAGCGAUGAAUACUCUUUUCGAAUGACACAUGAUACUUUAGUAGAACUUUUAACAGAUGUGGAACCGGAUAAAAAUCAUUGGAAAUUAAUGCGCAAAGUCGACCUCAGUUCAAGGAACCUCGAAUCUUUAAAUCAUUUGGACCAUCUUAUGCCGAAAUUGAAAGAGCUUGAUGCAAAUUUUAAUUUAUUGCGAUAUCUGACUGGUUUGCCUUCAACAAUAACUACUCUACAAAUAAGAUCCAACAGACUUACAAGUUUAACCGGCUUCGCGCAUUUACCAAAUUUGGAGUACUUGGAUAUUUCGCAAAAUCGCAUUGAGUCAUUGAUUGACCUUUAUCGCCUAGAGCAUCUUCGCGAGGUUUGCGCCGAUGACAAUUUGAUCACUAGUUGCAGCGCAUUUUUGCGUAUAUCGGGACUGGUCAAAUUGAGCCUAAGGGGAAACAAAAUCAAGUCUGUGGAUUUUGGUUCGUGUGAAAUGCACCGACUGGAAUUUCUUGACUUAUCAGCAAAUAGAUUGGAGGCAAUUGAAAACGUUGAGUCCCUUGAUGCAUUAAAAGCAUUAUAUUUGAACUGUAAUGCACUCACAUCUUUUGGUGUAAAAAAACCGAUGCCACAACUCAACAGUCUUCAUAUUACCUAUAACAAGUUAUCAGUCCUUGACGUCGGGUCAUUCCCUAACUUGAGGUUGUUGUGGGUGGACGGAAACCGUCUAAAGACGAUAAAACGACCUGAGACGCUUGCCUUUUUAGAAACCUUUUCGGCUCGUGAUCAAAAUGGUAAUCCGAUUAAAACCUUGGAAUCAAUAAUCGAUUUUUAUAAGCUCGAAUACCUCGAGCUUUCGGGGACCUCUAUUAAGGAAUUGCCUCGUCGAUUGAGUCAAGCUUGCCCAAGUGUCAUCGUUUUAAUAUUGGGCUACAACGAAAUACAGGAUUUUUCUCCCAUUCGAAAAAUGAAACAAUUGAGGCGAUUGUUUUUGGAGGGUAAUCAGAUUAGCGAUUACGUGACUUUUUCGGAAGUCUUGAAGUCUUUACCCAAGUUGAAAUAUAUUGAUCUAAGGGAUAAUCCAUUUUCGCUUAAGUUUUAUCCGCCCAUUGAACCCUACUCGACAAAUAUUCACAUGAAUACCUACACGAUGCAUCAGGGAGGGGAAGAGAUAUGUUGGGCUCGUCUUGAUAAAGAAUAUCAACAGAAACUAGAAGAUCAGUGGUAUGUUAAACGGAAUUUUUAUCGGUACGAUGUAUUUCGUCGGUGUCCACAUAUCGAAUGGCUUGAUGGCGCAUAUGUUGAACCGAGGGAGAAGGAAUGUGUUAUUAAUACUUUGCAAAUGGAGACUGUUACCAAGGCGCUGAGGGGUAAUUCAUUUGUAUGA